AUAGUAGAGCGCAUGAGGAAACUGAACUUAUCUGUUUGAGCUGACAAGUUACGGGGUUUGUGUAGCUUGAUAAAUCCACGUUUCGAUUCAAGACGAUGGCUGAACAUUGCGGAAACAAUGGAAAACCAGCUUUUGAUAAACCUAAGAAGGACUGACCUAUAAGGAAUACGGAUAUACUUACCUACUCUUCCAAUCGUCUUCCUCCCAGCGUCCUCCUCUACUCCAGCGAUCCCACUAAUCCUCCUCUUCCACUCAUCCAGACCUACAUGAGCAUGGAUCCAACAGAGUUAUUCAUGGAGCUGUUCAGGCAGGAUCUUCCCCUCUUGGACUACUCAACCAAGUUCCUUCACCUCACUGCUUCUACAUCAAUACCGGACAUUUACCUCAAGCCCAUUUAUGGAAUGGGAUUAAACUAUCACAGACCCACAGCACUUCCAGAGGCAGAAAAUCUUUCCUUGGCAAAUUACAUCCUAGCCACCCUGAAUAUCCAUUACCCUUCACUUUCAUCACGUUUGUUAGAGUUGUUGACUCCUCCCUCCACGCCUUCCACGGCCCCUGUCUCCGCGCCUUCCACGACUCCUCCCACCACACCUUCCACGGACCCUGUCUCCACGCCUUCCACACCAUCCAAUCUCCAAGGUUGAGCUACACGUGCAUCUUGACGGCGCUAUCCGUAUAGAGACUGUUAUAGAUGUUGCAAAGAGGCGAGGAAUCACUCUUCCUAAAAGCACUGUGGCUGAAAUGAGAGACCUGUGCACACUUAAAGAGCCAUCCACACUCACAGAUUUCCUUGGCAAGUUUGAGCACUACAUGCAUGCCAUUGCAGGAGACAGAGAGGCCAUCAAGAGGAUAGCUUAUGAGUUUGUAGAGACAAAGGCCACAGAGGGAGUGAUCUAUGUUGAAGCGCGAUACAGCCCUCACUUUCUGGCCAACAAGGGAGUGGAUCCUCUACCAUGGGGCCAAAAAGAAGGGGACAUCACGCCAGAGGAUGUGGUGCGCCUGGUGAAUGAGGGCUUUAGCGAGGGGGAAAAGGCCUUCAAAACCAAAGCCAGGUCCAUUCUGUGCUGCAUGCGUGACAUGCCAAAUUGGUCUAUGGAAGUGGUCGAGCUAUGUAAGAAGUAUAGUAAUGAUGGAGUCGUGGCUAUAGAUCUAGCUGGAGAUGAAUCCAAGGACUGUGAGGCAUGUCCAGGACACAAGAAAGCAUUUGAGAAAGCAGUCACAUAUGCAGUCCACAGAACAGUGCAUGCGGGGGAAGUGGGCCCACCCUCUGUUGUGAGAGAGGCUGUAGACGUUCUAAAAGCAGAACGCAUUGGCCACGGCUACCACACGCUUGAAGAUGAAGCACUGUACAAACGACUGCUUAAAGAAGACAUGCAUUUUGAGAUGUGUCCUGUUUCUAGUAGACUGACAGGAGCUUGUAGCCCAGACUUCAAGAAACAUCCUCUCAUCAGAUUCAGGGAGGACAAAGCCAACUACUCCUUAAACACAGAUGACCCCAUGAUCUUAAACUCCACCUUGAACUCAGACUAUCUGGUGGCGCUGAAAGACAUGGGCUUCACUGAAGAGGAAUUCAAGAGACUGAACAUAAAUGCAGCUAAGUCCUGCUUCCUUCCUGCAAAGGAGAAAGAGGAGCUUGUUAAUCAACUUUAUGAGGCCUAUGGCAUGCUGAACAGCACCAGCUUUUAAGCACAGCACUGUUGUAAACAACUAUGCAGCAUGCAGAGCCUUUCAGAACAUUUGCCUUUACACAAGUGAAUGUGCGCCCUAAUUCCUUGAAACUUACUUCUCAGAAAGCUGGAGAACUCGAACCCACAUUUCCUAGUGAAAUGUGUAAAUUACACCACACUGAAGAUCAAAUAAGUCAACUUUCAUUUAGAUGUAAACAUGCAGUUUAUCCACAUACAGUAAGUGUUAGAUAAACCACAUUUAUAUUCCACUAGCCACUGUCCUUAGCAUAAUGUGAUCGACUAUAUGCAAGAAUGUAAUAUCUAUUACUCAUACUGCAUAAAUACACAAAUAUAGCCCACUAUACCGUCACACAGUUAUUCUAGUUAACCAAAACGAAAAAUAACUAAAAUAAUUUUCGUUAACUAAAAUAAAAAUUGAAAAUAUUGGAAAAAACUGAAACUAAAAUACUUUUUCAUAACUCCAAAACUAACUAAAAUAUAAUAAAAAUUCUCAAAUUCAUUUUAGUUUUUGUUAUACUUGGGUGAAUAUGGACAAAGUGGGACACUUUCACAUUUUUAUUUUCUUGACGCUUUGAAUUAUGAUCCAAACGACACAUAACCUAACGUUAUACCUUUGAAGAAAGCUUAGGAUGUCUUCUACCUUAGUCAAAAGCAAAAAUUAAGAAAUAUUCAAUAAUGGGAAGUAGAACCUUUGAAGAUCCUCUUGACCAAAUGCCAGAUGCAUUUAAGCAACAGGGCCUACGGGUAAAGUGGGACAGAGUAAAAAUUAUUCUCUAGAAUUUAUAUAUAUAUAUAUUUGAAAUAAAAUGUUGUAUUUUCUUCAACACUUUCACAUCAUAACAUUAAGUUAACUCUUACUUGUUUAUAAGCUUAACUAGAUUUACCUAAAAUUUCUGUCAUUUUUUUUACCAUUGCUUUUCACACCAGUGGUCAUGAAAUUAGUUCUGCCACACAUCCCAAAGUAAAAUCAUAAAUUUUGAACCUCAAAAAGAUAAAGGGAUAGUUGACCCAAAAAUUUAAAUUCUCUCAUCAUUUACUCACCCUCAUGCCAUCCCAGAUGUGUCUGACUUUCUUCUUCUGCUGAACACAAAUUAAGAUUUUUAGAAGAAUAUUUCAGCUCUGUAGGUCCUUACAAUGGAAGUGAAUGGGGUCUGAAACUUUGAACCUCUAAAAAGCACAUAAAGGCAGCAGAAAAGUCUUCCAUAAGACUCCAGGGGUUUAAUCUAUGUCUUCUAAAGUGAUCUAAUCUGUUUUGUGUGAGAACAGACCAAAAUGUAACUCCUUUUUCAUUGUACAUCUUGCAAUUGCAGUCUACAGGAACGAUCAUGAUUUCAAGCUCAAUUACACUUACUAGAAAAGUUCGAAGAGUGCUAGAUGGCAAAAUGAUUAACUCAGGAAUUGCCAUUUCAUCUUUUAAAUGUUGAAGUUGUGGAGUUGAUCAUACCUCAGUGAACCAUAACAAAUAUUGUGUUUUACAUUGUGUAAUAUAAUGUGAACUGCACAGGAAAACAUAGGGACUGGGAAUGUUGUGGGGCUUUAAAGUAAGGGACUUUAACACUUGCUGUAUAGUAGAUGAUCAAUACAGAUAAU